CAUAAUCCAUUCCCUGCUACUACUGCUGUUUAUUUUUCGAAUAUUCACGACUGUAUUGGCCCCUCUUGCUUCCUGAUACCUGAGACACUAUGGUAGAUAGUGGAACUCCGAAUGGCGACCUUGGGGGUGUCUUCCGUCAAAAGACAGCCUUUAUGAAAACAUGGAAACCCGAAAGUUCUCCAUCGAAUCGGGACCGACUGGAACUAUAUGCAUUGCACAAGCAGGCAAUUUCUGGUGAUGCUCCAGAAAACUUGGCCUGUCAGACGGCAGCCGAGCGCGCCAAGUUCCAAGCCUGGCGGGGUAAGUCGGGAGUUCGCAUGGAAGAAGCCAUGCAGCUUUAUUUACAGGAAGCCGAUCGUCAAAUUCGUGUAUACGGUAUGUCGGGAACGUCCAGUCUCCCCCAAACACCCCAAUCGACACCUGCUAUUGACGGCGGAAAUGACUCGAGCUUCGCUGCGGCGUCACAACCACGCGGCUUGGCUGCCAUUCCACUAUUGUGUGCGGCAGCCUCCGAAUCGCGACAAGCCUAUUUGCGUCGUUUGGCGCAAACCACUACGCCUAAUUCAUGGUGGAGUCGGCAGGAAGCACUGUGCGCCGUCCCGCACACCUUUGGAGCUCUGCCAGAAACGAUGUUGUUGAAAACUGCCGCUCUGGUAGAAUACGUUUCGUUGAGCUGUGAUGGCGUGAUCCCGUUGCCAGCAGCGGUGGUGCAGAGCUUUCUGUGGCCCUUCCAUAAUGUGCUACUCUGCGUUUGGAUGGGGCUGAUCGUUGUGUUGACGGCGUUCACAGCAGCUUGGGAUAUCUUGCAAACUUUAAUUUGGGGUUCGCGACGUACCGGACUGUCACUUUCUGGGAUCUGGAACGAUCAGGUGGUUUGGAGUGCCCAGAGCGUCAAUGUUUUGACGGAGUCGCAUCAACCGCUGACCGCACGUGUUGUGGGUUUGCUGGUCUUGCCAUAUACAGUGCUGGUUACGUUAUCUCGUAUGCCUCCGAGCGAAUUGGUAGCCAGUGUAGCCUAUGCUGCUUUGCUUGGUUUCACGUGGUGGUAUUGGGUCAUUGUUCUGCCAUGGAUGACUUGGAUGUUGCUCUGCGCUGCCACAGUAAGCGGCAGCUGUUUUGCGAUGAUCGAAUUGGCGGGUGUUUAGAGUAUACCUUCUUAAUUCUUAGUCGGAUGAAAGCGGCUGAUCUACGAGGUAAAUUCAGCUAAAAAGAAUUCGUAUUCUUUCCCUCGACGUAAAAAAGAUGAUUAGAACUCU